GUGUUCGAGAGAGAGAGAGAGAAAGAGGAGGCAGAGCCCUUUAAAAUGGCAAGCAGCGCUAUCCCUAUGACAUGUUUCCCUCUGCGCUCCACGCGUGGUAUUGCCUCCAGACUGCGUGGGCUAGUGUGGGUGCAGUAGACGAGUUUCGUAUAAAACCCCUGAUUCGGGAGUCUCAUAUUACGCGCGUUCGCCUCCCUCUGUAGUUGUUUGUUACAACGGCUCCUUCCACAUAUUCUGUUUUUCUUCAGUCGUAUUUCUUAGGAAAGCUACCGUCACUAAAGAAAUCUGUUCUAUGGUUUUGGCUGAAGAAGAUCCCACGAUGUCUCGGACUGACGAGGUGCACCGUAUAACGGAGAAUGUCUAUAAGUCCAUCAUGGAGCAGUUCAACCCAUGCCUGCGGAACUUUGUGGCCAUGGGGAAGAGCUACGAGAAGGCCCUAUCCAGUGUCACAUUUGCUGCAAAGGGCUACUUCGAGGCACUGGUGAGGAUGGGAGAGAUGGCCAGCGAAAGUCAAGGCUCUAAGGAUCUUGAAGAGGCAGCAUGGGACGUUCUCUUUCAGAUGGCUGAGGUCCACAGACAGAUCCAGAUGCAGCUUGAAGAUAUGCUGAAGUCUUUCCACAAUGAGCUUCUGACAGAGCUGGAGAAGAAGGUGGAGCUGGAUGCACGCUACCUAAAUGCUGCUCUGAAGAAGUACCAGAUGGAGCACAAGAGUAAAGGAGAGAGUCUGGAGAAGUGUCAGGAUGAACUGAAGAAGCUACGCAGGAAGAGCCAGGGCAGCAAGAACACCUCUAAGUACGGAGACAAGGAGAUGCAGUAUGUUGAGACCAUCAGCAGCAAGCAGAGUGACCUGGACCAGUACACAGCAGAGGGCUACAAGAAUGCAUUGUCAGAGGAGAGGAGGAGGUACUGUUUCCUGGUGGAUAGACAGUGUGCCGUGGCCAAGAACAGCAGCUCCUACCACAGCAAAGGUAAGGACCUUCUAGCCCAAAAGAUCCCAGCAUGGCAGCAGGCGUGUGCUGACCCUACCAAGCUGCCUGACCGUGCCAUGCUCCUGGCUCAGCAGAUGACCUCUACAGGUCAGAUGACGUCCGGCUCCCACACUCACCACGGCUCCAAGGGCAACCUGCUCAUCUCUGACCCAAUCCCCGGGGCCAAGCCUCUGCCUGUACCCCCCGAGCUGGCUGCACUAAUGGCCCAACAGCGUCUAAUGGGACCAGGAGGAGUGGACGGAGGGAUGCCCAUAAUGAACGGAACGGCAGGGGCGCAUGGAGGAGCAGGAGGGGGAGGAGGGGAGGACUACCAACACUGGAUGGAGGGGAAGAUGGCCCAAGCCCAGGCUCAGGCCCUACAGGCUCAGGCCCUACAGUCCCAGGUGGCUAAGGCCUCCUCCCAGCACCACUCCCAGCCCCACAGACAGGGCAGCGAGGUCUACUCCAACACCCUACCCGUACGCAAGAACGCCCCCGCCAAGAGCAACACCACCAUGGGUCCAGAGACCCGAACCCUUCCCCGGUCUAGCUCUAUGGCAGCAGGGCUGGAGAGGAACGGUCGUACCCGUGUCCAGGCCAUUUUCUCCCAUGCGGCUGGGGACAACAGCACCCUGCUCAGCUUCUCUGAAGGAGACGUCAUCACCCUGCUGGUGCCUGAGGCCCGCGAUGGAUGGCACUAUGGAGAGAACGAGAAGAACAAGAUGCGGGGCUGGUUCCCUUUCUCUUACACACGUGUCAUCCCCGAGACUGAAAGCGACAAACUACAAGUCAACAAUCUCCACCAUGGUAAGAGCAGCAGCACAGGCAACCUGUUGGAGAGAGAGGACAUGGCAAGUGCCCCUCCCCCUGACUACGGUAUGUCAUCUCGCCUGCUGGCACAGAGCGCUGCGAUGGCACACAGCAGACAACAGCGCCCAUACAGCAUGACAGGGCCAGGCUUCUCACAGCAAGGACUUGAAGAGUAUGAGCAACGUUUUUCAACAAGUGUCCCUCUGCUUCAGGAGGAACCAGCCCAGGCCACUGAGGACCAACCCAGGCCUCUCAUCUCUGUCGAUGACCAGUCUCCUCCUCCAAUCCUCUAUUAGCUCCAUGCUCUACUUCCUAUUAUCCUUGCCUCUGAUUGGUUGCUGUAAAGCACAGCUACAUUUAGCCAGCCAAUUGGAAGAAGAACCCUGAUUUUGUUGGACAAAUCCAAGCACACACAGGACUAAUCUUUCACAAGUAGUGUAGACCAUGUGCUGCACAAGUUUUAGCACAGACUGAACUAUCCAUAGCAUUCAAGCACACCUAGCCUUGGACUGCCUCUUCAAUACAAUUAAAGCAUUUGAAAACAGUAAUAAACUGUAUGCAGUAAAUUAUAACUGAAUCUGUUACUUGUUAAUAAUGUAUGAAUAUGCUUAAGAAAAUGUAAUUGUUUGAUCUAUCUUAUUGUGGGUGUCUAGUUCUAUGAUCUAGUCGUAUUUUACUUCUUACUAUUAGCGAUUUGUAAGAUUUGGAGGAAUUUCUUUGAAUUUGUUUGUGUGAGCAAUACAUUUGUCACAAAGUAAACUAUGUUAUACAGUAUAUGUUAAAGGGCCUGUAUCAGGGAGACUAUAAAGAGCACAGGGCAUGGCGGCUUGUAGAAACACAUUUCUACAUGAGUCUGAGCCACACACUAGAUUAGGAGAGAUGGAGAAAGAAAAGGUCAAUGUUAUGCACAAUACUGUAAGUUAUAGCAUUCAAAUGCUUUUCACUGUUAUUCUCAUAUUUUAAAUGACAGAAAAACAAUAAUAUUAAGCAUUCAUGCAUAUAUCAACUGUAUAGUAUGACAUUAAUACAUAACAAUACAAAGGAGUUGUUGUAUUUCGUACUAUUUUAUAAAUGUAUUUGCUUCUCAUCCCGUUUCAUUUGUCUGUAAAUUUAUAGAAAAAACACUGAAUUUACUAGAGAAAAUAAAGUGAUAUUGCAGAGUAUAUUCCAGAUA